UGGAACUACCAGACAGGGCAGCAGGGCACAGUAGGAGGACCCCAGAAGAUGCUGUCUCUCCUGAUCAUCUGUCUCCUGCCUGCCAUGGAAGGGAAGAACUGCCUCCGCUGCUGGCCAGAACUGUCUGCCUUGAUAGACUAUGACCUACAGAUUCUCUGGGGGACCCCAGGGCCACCCACAGAACUUUCUCAAAGCAUUCACUCCCUGUUCCUAGAGGAUAAUAAUUUUCUCAAACCCUGGUACCUUGAUCGUGACCAUUUGGAAGAAGAAACAGCCAAAUUCUUCACUCAAGUACACCGAGCCAUUAAAACGUUACGAGAUGAUAAAACAGUACUUCUGGAAGAGAUCUACAUGCACAAGAAUCUCUUUACUGAGAGGCUGAAUAAGAUAUCUGAUGGGCUGAAGGAGAAGGACAUACAGUCCACACUGAAGGUCACCAGCUGUGCUGACUGCAGGACUCACUUCCUCUCCUGCAAUGACCCCACUUUCUGCCCAGCCAGGAACUGGCGGACCUCCCUGUGGGCUGUGAGUCUCAGCAGUGCUCUGCUCCUGGCCAUAGCUGGAGGUGGAUGUUUCUUUUACUGGCACAGGAAGAAGGAGGCAGUAAAGCAGGAACAGGGCAGCCCGCAUGUCUUCCAGAAGUGAACAGAGGCCUCAGCUACCGUCAUGAAGUUCACUCAUCUCUGGGUCCCCGUGACCCCCUCCCCUGAUCCCCUCCAUCCUGGGUCCUGGGGCCCCAAAGCUCUGAGGCCUAGGAGACUGUGCUGUCUCAUGGUUUGCCUACUCCUACACCUUUGUAAAGAGUCUCUUCAUUAAAACCCCUCCUCACAGCUUA